AUGGGACAUGAGGAGCAUGGAGGGACUUGGCACAUGGAAGCAGCUCAACUGGACACGCAAAGGAAGAAGGGAGAAGCCAUCUUGAAGACCAGCUCGACCCUACUCGACCAACCGGUCGAGUUCCUCAACUCGACCGGCCAAGCUUCAACUCGAUCGAGCUGGAAGUCAAAAGGGGAAUGGAAACCCUUUGGGAAUGGACUCGGUCGAGCUAGGCAAACUCGACCGAUUGGUCAAGGAGAUGCUCCAAACCGCCACCAACAGAGACAAGGGAUUGUUCCACCACCAGUGCAGAACCACAACUUUGAGAUCAAGCUGGGAAUGAUCAACCUUGUCCAGAACAAGAUGUUCCAUGGAUUGCCAAGUGAAGACCCCAUUGACCACCUUGAUGAGUUUGAUAGGCUUUGUGAUUUGACAAAGAUCAAUGGUGUCUCUGAAGAUGCCAUCAAGCUGAGACUCUUUCCUAUGUCUCUAGCUGACAAAGCUCACCAAUGGGAGAAGAGCUUGCCCCAUGGCACAAUCACCACUUGGGAUGAAUGCAAGAAGGCCUUUCUUGCUAAGUUUUUCUCCACCGGUCGCACAGCCAAGCUUAGAGGAGAGAUAUCCAGCUUCAUCCAGCGAAACAAUGAGACAUUCGCAGAGGCUUGGGAGAGGUUCAAAGGCUACACAAGUCAGUGCCCACACCAUGGAUUCAACAAUGAAUCACUACUCUCCACUCUUUAUAGAGGAUGCUUGCCUAGGUAUAGGGAGAUGCUAGACACAGCUAGCAAUGGGAACUUCCUCAACCAGGAUGUAGAUGAUGGCUGGCAACUUGUGGAGAACAUAGCUAACUCAAAUGGAAGCUAUGGAGAAGAGUAUGAUCGCACCAACCGGAGCUCGACCCACCACUCGAUCGAGUCAGACGAAAAGUUGAGAAAAGAUGUUAAGGCAUUGAAUGAGAAGUUGGAUAAGCUGAUCCUAGCUCAGUCCACAAUGAAGAAAGUCAACUUUGUGUCUGCUGAGGAGAUGGAACCAGUCCAAGAAGGGGAGGAUACACAAUUUGCUGAGGUGUGCUACAUGAGCAAUGGGCAAGGAGGUUACAACAAAGGAUACUAUAACUACAAGUCCAACCCUGCCAUGUCAUACCGCAACACUGAUGUUGCUAACCCUCAGGACCAAGUCUAUCCUCAACAACAAGCAGCUCGAUCGAGUCAAGGCUUCCCCCACCAACCGCCCCAGCCUGCACCUUCACAAGAGAAUGAGCUCAAGGCAAUGCUAAAGCAACUACUUCAAGGGCAAGCUGAUGGGGUAGUGGACACAAGCAAGAAGCUAGCUGAAAUAAACUCUAAGAUCGAGAACCUCAACACAAGGGUUUACUCUCUGGAGAAUCAUGCUUCUUCUGUUGCUGCUGCUACAAAGCAAGGACAACUACCUGGUAAAGCUAUUCAGAACCCCAAGGAACAGUGCAAGGUCAUCUUCACUCAAGAAGGACUUGUUGAAGAAGAGGAUCAAGAAAGGGUCAUUGAAGAUUUUUGUUUACUGCUGAAUGAUGAAGAGAUUGUUGCUGCUGAGGCUCCUGGAGUCCAGAUUGAUCAACCAGAAGUGCAUGCACCUACUGUGGCCAUUCACACUUCACCAGUUGAGCUCGCACGACAAGCUCGAUCGGCAGCUCGAUCGAGUCCAACUCUAGCUCGAUCGAGUCCGACCUCUUCUGUCCGACAGCCUGUUUUGCUUGAUCCUUAUCAACCGGUUGCCGCUUCCUCGUCUCGCCUACUUAGUCAAGGUCACAAGGAAGUGAUUCACAAGUUCAGAAGAGAUCUCAGUGGGAUUGGAAUUGAGUUGCCUCCUAUGGAUAGCAUGAGUGAGGCAUUUGAUCAAAUGCAAAUGGUCAAGGAUGUUCUAGCCAACAGUGAUAAAGUUUCAGAGGUCCUACAAGAGUCUACUCAUCAGUUCAACCUGCUUACUUCACCCACCUUCCUACCAAAGGUCAAGGAUCAAGGGAAAUUCACUCUCCCUUGCACACUUGGGCAUCUUGAGAUUGACAAUGCCUUAGUGGAUUCUGGAGCAAGCAUCAAUCUGAUCUCUCUCUCCAUGGCAGAGAAGCUAGGCAUAGCUGGAGCCUUGCAGCGCCCUACUACUUCAAUCAUGUUUGGAGAUGCAACUUCUAAGUCUCCUCUUGGAGUGUUCAAGAACUAUCACUUGAAAAUUGGAGAAUGCAUCAUCCAAACUGAUCUCACUGUGAUGGAAAUGGAAGAAGAGAAGGAUUUGCCUUGUUAUUGGGAACCCCUUUCCUUACCUAGAGGUUCAGACUUUUGUGCCACAAUUGACAGUACCAAUCUCAGUUCUAAGAGUCAUGGAGCUACAAAGGUUGUGAAGGAAAGGGUUGACAAGGAACCAAGAGUUGGGAAGGAUAAGGAUGAGAGAGGACCAAGGAUUGAGAAGCCACGUCUUGAGAGGGCUAGAGUUGAGAAACCACGAUCUGAUAGGCCAAGAGCUGAGAGACUUGUUCAAGCCCCUUGUGUGCUUGAUGAAGAGAGCCUUCAAGCUUUGUUUGAUGAGCCACUAGGAAGGGCUCUAAAAGAAGGGGAGGAUGCAGCCUCUAAGGCAAGACCAGGAGAUAAAAGAAAGGAUCCACCAGCUCAGGCCCCUUCAGUCAAGCCAUCUCAGCUCACAAUGACUUUGUUCCCCACCAAGUUUGAAAAUGGGAAGAUUGAGUACAAGAUAAGGUACAAGGGGAGAUCAAGGCCAUUCUCUAGAGCCAAGGCCUUGGUGACUUCAGAACAGUCCAGGGACCCAACCAAGCUAAAGGAGCUUCUGUCUCAAGUCCUCACUAUCACCCUUGAUGGUGUCAAGGAGCCAGCUCGACCACAGCUCGAUCGAGCUAGAAACCAGGGCAACUCGAUCGAGUUCCUCAACUCGACCGAGGAUGAUCAGAGGAUGGAAGAUCUGAUGCAGAGGAGUAUGUCUACUCUGAGGAAGUCUGAGAGUGAGAGGUUGAGGGAGAAAGGAGAACCAAGAAGAGGAAUGACCCAUAGUAGUGAGAGUGAAGCAAGGGAGUUUGAGAUUGGAGUGAACCUUGUUCAAGAGGAGGGAAAUGGCUCUCCAAUGAAGAAGGAAGUGAUGAGCUGA